AUGGACACACCUCAAGGCACCGAAAUUCCUACACUCUCCGGCGUGGACGUCAAACUGCCUCCGUUUUGGAUUGCGGAUCCUGCAUUGUGGUUCAUUCAGGUAGAAUCACAAUUCGCUGCACGGCGCAUCACAGCAGAUUCCACGAAAUACCAUUAUGUGGUGAGCAGUCUGCCCCCAUCAACCGCUAGCGAAGUUCGGGACCUGUUGCUUUCUCCACCAGCAGACAACGUUUACGAGGCGUUGAAGGCAACACUAAUCCGCAGGAUCACGCCCUCCGAAAGCCAACGGCUACAACAGCUUCUUCAUGAAGCCAACCUCAGCGACAGAACGCCAAGCCAGCUGCUGCGUCACAUGCAGCAAUUAUUGGGCAGCAAAGUGGACGGUCUUGACAGCCUGCUGCUCCGAGAAAUAUUUCUACAGAAAAUUCCCCCGAACGUUAGAAUGGUCAUGACUGCCUCAAAUGAGAACGAUCUAUCCAAACUGGCCGAGUUAGCCGACAAGCUCAUGGCGGUAGCUCCCAUAUCUGUCGCGGCCGUCACAAGCGAACCGUCUCCACAUGAACAGCUUCAAGAGAUGAAUAACGAAAUAUCGCGUCUCGUGGAUUCCGUGGCCGCCCUCCAUACCGCGUCACGGUCAACCAGUCGGGGUGCUCCGCAAUCGCCUACGAAACGCCAAAAGCUAUGUUGGUACCAUCGCAAGUUCGGCAAUGCUGCGCGCAAAUGCGUACCACCCUGCGAGCUCUCGGGAAACGCCCCGAGCAGGCGCUGA